AUGUCAUCAGUACCAAACUCUCCCCAACGUGGUACCCAAAAACCGUCCAAAGGUCGCAAAACCAGCACGGUAACGGAUCGACCAUCGAUCCUUUCCCCAACCACAAUCAAGACCAGUCCUUUAGCGACGUCUUUGAAUAUAGCCGCCAUGUCCGGCUCAGUGAUACGGGCCGCGACGACAAAAGAGCACGGUCGAACGGGUAAAGAGAACGGCGAACGCGGGCGGAAGGGAUCGUUUCGAAAGUCGGGGAAGAAUCGACCGCCCGUCCCACAGAAUGGGGCCUUUAUUAAUCGACGAGGGUCUACGUCGGCGGCGUUGAUGAGUUCCUCGAAUUCGUUGUGGCAAACGUUGGUGAAGACGAAGCAUGGGCCGUUGGCACCGAUGCCUGGCUAUGAUGGAAUGUUUAUGAAUUUGGGGCCAAAUGGAAGUAAAGACAAUCUUUUUGAUGACAAAAAGCAUAGUAAGUUGUGGAGCAGUGGAGUAGCGAAUUUAAAAAAAAUGCUAAAAAACUCAUUUAUGUCGCAAAACCGCCUCACUCAACCCCCCAAAACCCAUAUCAAAUUAACGUUUUUUAAAACAAUUCAGAAGCCAAAGACAAACCCCCGUACGACAAUAUCGCUGACGAUCCCAAAGGCUCGCUAAUUCAGCGGAAGAAAGCGGCGCUGGCACGCCGCACCAACUCAUUGGUUGAAUUAGCGGUGAAGGCCGGUAAACAGCCGAACGAACGGUCCGAUGGGAACGAGAGCACGGGCUCCACGCACUCGUCGCCAUUAAGGCCGAGCCUGCUGCGCAAGGACAUGCGCUUCUGUUGCUCAUUCCGCAAGCCACGUCGUGCCAAAACCGCGUCGAAUUUGUUGGACCAACACAUACAGACCAACAUACCGCCGUUCGGGGUGGUGAAUGCGAGUGCGAUGAGUUUGAUCAACGAUCCGAGUGUGGCGAGGCAGGCGAUUUCGUUGUUGGAAGCGCAGAUGAAGCCCAAUCCGGAGACCGUGAAAAUGUUCACGGACGAGGAGAAGGCGGUGGAGGAGGGGAUGGAAGUGAAACGACCACAUGGGUUGGAGAGCAUUACGUCACCUUGUAAGUGUAACUGUUUUGAUUUUUGGUUUUUAGGGAAACAAGAAAAAAAAAUUGGCUUAUAA